AUCUCUAGUGGCCGUCUCUGCAUUAGCUGUCACUGCUACAGAUAUUUUAAGCUGCGAGUCCUUUCAGGGUGGAGCACCUAUCUGAGGCAGGGUUUGGUGCCCCUCCUCACUGACCCUACAUCCCAGGCUGCUGCCGCCGCCUGUCACUUCAGGAUGAAAGGGGAGACCCCUGUUAACAGCACAAUGAGUAUUGGUCAAGCACGCAAGAUGGUGGAACAGCUUAAGAUUGAAGCCAGCUUGUGCCGGAUAAAGGUGUCCAAGGCAGCAGCAGACCUGAUGACUUACUGUGAUGCCCACGCUUGUGAGGAUCCCCUCAUCACUCCUGUGCCCACUUCGGAGAACCCCUUCCGGGAGAAAAAGUUCUUCUGUGCCCUCCUCUGAAGGGCUCUGUCUCUCCUCUGAACUCCUCAGCAUCCCGCUCCGAGACCCACCCUUAGAUCGGAGAUUGUAGCAGUAUUUCUUCCCGUACAUAUCCUGAGAUUAUAUGAAGCACAAGGCCCUCCUAACCCUUGUCUAACCCAUCUCCUUACCCUUUGAAGCCAAUUCCAAGCACCUUUUACUCUAUCCACAGAAGGACCCCGCUUAAAUACUAGAAUUCUGCCUGUUUCCCUCUGUGAUCCAUCCGUUCAGGCAAUGGAGAGGGGGAUGCCCGGGUGCUUGUUCUCAGUCUCACCUGGAGCUACUGGAAAGGUAAAGGCAUUUGAAGAAUAAAGUCAUCCAGAGCCUCA